AUGCGGUUCCUGUAUCAAACGCUGGCAUUGGCCGCUGCUGCCCGCGCGGCCAGCGUGAGCCUCGAGUCCCUCUUUGGCCCGUACUUGUCUCCCGGGACUGAAAUCGCUGAGCUCAACGACACGGACUUUGACGACGUUGUCUCUCCGCGAUGGUCUGAGUGGAGGCCCCCUAGCUGGACGGGCGCGAUCAAGCCUGCGACCGAGAAGGACCUGCAGGAGAUUGUCCGCAUCGCCGUCGCCAACAACGUCAGCUUCAUGGCGACCAACGGCGGCCAUGGCACGAGUCUGAUCUAUGGAACCGUCAACGGCCUCGACAUCAACCUGGAGAACUUCAACAGCGUGGACAUUGACCUCGAGUCCAACACCGUGACUGUCGGUGCUGGCGCGAAGCUCGGCGAUAUCACCAUCCCGCUGUAUGAAGCCGGCAAGGCCAUUCCCCGCGGCAACUCGCCCUGCGUGGGCGUCAUCGGCGCAACCAUCGGCGGCGGCAUCGGGUACGAAACAGGCCUCUUCGGCCUGGGCGUCGACGCCCUCACCUCCGUCCGCCUGGUCACAGCAACCGGCGCCCUCGUAACCGCCAACACAACCCACAACGCCGACCUCCUCUGGGCGAUCCGCGGCGCCGGCGCAAACUUCGGCAUCAUCACCGCCGCAACCUUCACCAUGUCCCCGCAGCCCAACAACGGCAACGCCGUCAUCGGCUCCUUCGUCUACAACUCCACCGCCUCCCUCGGCGUCUUCGAGUACCUCGCCAUCCUCGACGACGUCCUCCCGCCAGAACUAGGCGUGCAGCUAUCCGUCUCCUACAACCGCACCACCAACGAGACCCUCCUAACCGUCGACAUCAAGCACUUCGCCGGCUGGGACACGUUCGUCGACCACUUCGAGUCCGCACUAGCACUCAACCCCAUCAGCGCAAACGUCACAAACGUCACGCUAGUCCAGCUCUACGACGGCCUCGACGGCCCCUGCCAAACAGGCGCGUACAUUUCCGGCGGCACAAUCGGGCUCGGGCGCACGGACCCAGCCACGCUGCAGGAAGUCUUCGACGACAUGACGGCCUUCUACCGCCAGUACCCGGGGUACAUCGGCCAGACGCUCUUCCAGCGGUACGCAAACAACAACACGCUCAAGACGCCGGCCCACACGGCCGUGUACCCGUGGCGCGACACGAAGAUGUUCUGGCUGCACGAGAACAUCUACACGGACCCCGCGCUCGAGAAGCCCACGAACGAGCUGCUCGUGAAGCUGAGGAAGAAGUUGCAUGCCACCAGUGGGUUUCCGCAAGACCAGCCGCAUAUCUAUGUCAACUAUGCGUUUGGGGAUGAGGGGGCUGAGGCGUGGUGGGGGGAGGAGAAUCUGCCGCGUCUUUCGUUCCUGAAGAGGAGGUGGGAUCCCAAGGGGGUGUUUGGGAGGGGGACGCCGAUUCCAAGGUUUUAG